AUGAGCGCCAGCACAACGAAACCUGGCUCGUCGUCGAAACCGGGCCAAGGAACAAUCUCGGCAGUGGCUCCCAACAAUCAAGCGAUCCUUCUAGAUAAGCUUAACCGGCGAUCGACUCCCGACUCGGAAGCCUUGGCUAGUUCCGAGGACGAGGGCGAACAGCAUCGCCAGGAGCCACCUCAGGCCGCAUCGCAGCCACAGAAGCCUGUCCGUCGGGCAUCGUGGCUGAACGACACCAGUCAGCCGCUUGCCCGUCCGCGACAAGGUUCCUUCGCUACCAGCCCGAUGUCCCCGACAGCCUCGCACCCGACCACUCCGGCGGGAGAGCCUGGCACAACUACCUGGACUUCACAUGCUCAGUCAUCUAGCAUUCUGAGUCGCGGCCCCGCCCCGCCUCCUUUAACCUGGGCAGGGGGUAUCUGGAAUUCAGAGAGGAAGGAUCCACCGCCGCGCCUUACUGAGGUGCUUCCUUCCCCUACUUCGACUUUACCCCCCACGUCAACGGCAGGAGGUGCUUUCUUCAAUUCCGAUGCCCCCUUCGGGCAGACGUCACCGGCACCAAGAGAAUCCGGACCGAAUCCGCAGAUACCCUUCGCAAUCCCACUCCAUCCUACGCCUAAGACGUACCGUUCACAGUCAUAUUCCGUGGGUCAGCUGGAUCCCGACUCGAACCUGCCGGCUAUGACCAAUCCUGCCGCAGUCGGCCGUGGUCGCGGUCCUCCUCUCUCAGGGCUCCAACACCGGCCCUCGCGCCCAAGCAUGCUUAGUGAAAUGUCUAACGAUGGAGCGUUGCUUGGAAAGGUCAAGGAAGUCGAGGACGAUGAUGAUGAUGAAAGUGCGUCCGAAUCGAUGCAGGGUUCUCUGCACCAACAACAGAGCGCCGAAGCGAAGACAAUCGAGAUGCUUGCUCGUGAAAACGCCUUACUUCGGCAGCAGCAGCAGUACCAAAACGCCAGGCUUCGACCCAGAGCCUCGACGGGAGCUGCUUACAGUAUGGGCAACGGAUAUAGCCUCCGGGACUCGGUUCCAGAAGAGUCUGAUUAUGCCGUUGACGAGUUGGACGAAGCCAACGACAAUCCCGAGUUGGCCACCAAGCGGGCCUUGAAUCGAAGGAUGAGCGAGUUCGGCGCCGGGUAUUCGGGCCCACCCUAUGAAAAUCGGAAGCUGGAAAAUGUGAAGAAGGCCUUCUGGCACAGCUCGCUGGGCUUUGGUGGUCCUGAUGGACAGCAGAGUAGGCGGCAUUCGUUCGCCGACGUGCCGACUCGUCAGGGAUCAAUUAGCUCUGUCGCCGAUACCAUGACGCAGCUCGACACUCCGGCCGCGCCAGCUGCGGCAACGCCUGAGUUUGCAACGGGAUACGCUGAGAGCCAGAACUACACUGCGCCGCCUAACACUGCCUUUUACUUCACACCCGGCGGUGGUUUGGUGUCCCCAGCUCAAGGCCUGUCGUUCAAUAACCCAUUUGCAACAACGUCUUAUAACUUGCACGCCUCCGCGUCUUAUGGGAACCGACCUCCUUCCCCACAUCGAAACGUCUACGCCAUGUCACAGCCUCGACACAACCAGCUCCUUCAUAUUGUCCUGUUCAAGUGCGCCCGGGCAGACGUCUUCUACAUUCAGGAGGGAACGGGGCUCACGGUAAAGCCAGGUGACUUGGUCAUCGUGGAGGCUGACCGCGGCACGGAUCUGGGCACGGUUAUGCGUGACAAUGUCGAUUGGCAGACAGCCAAAGAGCUCAAGGAACACUACGCAGAGGAGCACUACAAAUGGCUCAUGAUGUACUCGCAAAAUGCCGCCGUCCAAGACGGCACCGGGGGUCUCAUGGCGACAUCCAAUGGACUGCAUGCCAGUGCAGUAGGCGGCAUGGGUCCUUCGACACAGCAUCACAUCCAAGAGCCCAAUGUCGGAGAGCUGAAGCCGAAACUCAUCAAGCGCCUGGCCCAGAGCCACGAAAUACAUGCCCUCAGGGACAAGGAGGGCAACGAGGCCAAGGCGAAGCGAGCUUGCAUGCAGAAGGUGAAAGACCACGGUUUGAACAUGGAAAUUCUGGAUGCUGAAUUUCAAAUGGAUUGGAAGAAGCUCACGUUCUAUUACUUCGCCGAUACGUACAUCAACUUCAACUCUCUUGUCACGGACUUGUUCAAAAUUUACAAGACGCGGAUCUGGAUGUCGGCUAUCAACCCCGCGUCCUUCGCGAGCCCUACUCUCGGCAUCCAAGCUCCAAGCGGUGUCGGACCAGGUGCCAUUGGCAUACAGCGAGGUACACACAGCUCAGAGCGACGACAGAAUCACCAGCAGCAACAGCAACAGCAGCAGCAACAGCAGCAGCAACAGCAGCAGCAGCAGGUGCAAGGCCAACAGCAGCAAGGUCAACAACAGCACGGCGGUUUCGCCGGCUCUGGUCCAUCGGUUCGCGGGCCUUCCAACAUUUUCAAUCCUCCACUCGGCGGCGAGAAACCCUUCCCGGGUGCAAAAUAUGGUCAGACUGGCUACCCAUUCCCUCACAUUGCGGGCACGAACCCCGCAGGCCGACCCAGUAACAUGCCGUUUGCACCUGGUGUGAUGCCGAGUGUUGACGGCUAUGGAUUCCCGCCCAGUAGUAGCGACUACCAGGCAAAGUUUGGUCGGUUCCAGACACCGCCUCAAGGUGCCGGGCCGUCCCAUGAACCCGGUGCCUCCGCGAUGACCCCCCCAGGCGGCGACUGGAUCAGUGGCUUCCAAAGCCUUUCUUUGAACACACGUUGA